CCCCGGGGAGAAAAGAAAAUGGAAAGACAGCUGUCACGUUCACAGUCAAGUCGCUUAUCGACUGACGACCUCCCAGUGGUGGAGGUGGAUUCCAACGAGAUGGUCGACGUGAAAGCGCCACCUCGCAUAGCGAUUGAUCUCGGUACUUCUUCUUGCCGGGUGGCGGUGUGUCGCAAAGGGAGGGUCCAGGUCAUACCGGACCUGUUCGGAAAUCUCACAACUCCGUCGGUUGUUGCCUUCACGGACAAGAAGCGAUUUGUGGGUGAGCAAGCACAGAAACAAGCGCUGCGGACACCGGAGAACUUGCUUUACGAGGUGAAACGAUUGAUGGGAAGGGAUUAUGACUCGAUCAGAGAGGUAGAGAAGAAAUGGUGGCCGUUCACCGUCGUUAAGGGGAGCUCGGGCGAGCCGAUGCUGGAGGUAAAGAGUGAAUUCUUGUCCCUUUUAGCUGGCGAUGGCGGAGAUCAGAUGAAGUUAGGUCAGCAGACACAGGACUGUGUUAUGCAGAAUAAGGUGGUGAGCUGUUCUCCCGCCUAUGGUGGCACGUGCUUGGGGUUUGAGUCCUCUUCCAUGGGCAGCGGUGGGCAUCAAAUUACGCCAACAAGUGCUGUGGCGGAGUCUCAGCGGGAAGAGAUCUGUGGAUUCUGUGCUCGCAAGAACGUCGGCGCCGGGUCAUCUACGGAGGCUGUUGGCACCACUUACCUGGCGCCUGAGCAGAUAGUAACGAUGCUUCUAGUGAAGAUAAAGAGAGAAGCCGAGCGCUUUCUUCGAUGCGCCGACCUGCACGCGGCUGUUAUUACCGUUCCAGCCCUGUACAACGACAGGCAGAGAACGGCGACCAAGCUAGCGGCCGAGAUCGCAGGUUUCUCCGACGUGCAGCUGGUCAGCGAAUCAACGGCGGCCGCUUUGUCCUACGCCGAGCACAUGGGAUUGAUCUCCUUGAGCCGCUGUCAUGGUUCUUCCGAGGAAACUAACCGGACGGGCACGAGGAUGCUUGUGUUUGCGAUGGGGGGAGGAAACUUCGAAGUUGCCCUUGUGAUGAUCUCCCGCGGCCUUGUCUGCGUGGAGUUUGCGGAUGGUAAUCCCAGUCUUGGAGGCAUGGACUUCGACGAGAAGAUGAUGGAACUGAUACUGUAUGAGGGGAAGAAGCAGUGGCAUCAGACGCCGCCUGAACUGGACAGCAGCACGCUUUGGGGACUGAAGAGAGCGAGCGAGAAAGCAAAGAAGGAGCUGACUCUUGUUAGCGAAGCGCACGUGGAGCUCGAGUUCUUCCGCGGCUUUGACGACCGCAAGCUCAUCAUCCGCCGUGAAAAAUUUGAGGAAAGGUGUAAGAGUUUGCUGGAGGAGUGUAUGAAAUGCUUCCGUGUAAGGGAAACCCGCAAUCGGGGUUUGGAUGUGAACGAUGUUGUGUUGGCGGGUGGGUCAACUCGCAUUCCCAAGGUCUCGCGCACGUUCAGGAAGCGCUUCCACUUGGAGCCCAAGUCCCAUCCCCAUCAAGACGAAGCCGUUGUCCGCGGCGCAGCCCUCUUUGCUGCUUGCAGCCAACGAGUUACGGAGACUCACCCUCUAAGGACUGGAUACCGUGACUGUAGGUACGACGAUUUUCUUCUUUGCAAACAGUUGCAGAGGCCGCUGCACCCCCGGGACCACCCAUUGCCAGAUCUGAGCUCAGGCUGGAUUAAAGAUCAGCAUGGUCAGGUUGCUCUGCGACCAUCUGAAAUGACAAACGCGCAAGAACAUUGUGUGGUUGCUGGUGACGUAGCAAUGAGCGUUGGGCGGACUGAGACUGAGGUUACCUCGGUUCUCCCCGUGCUCACGAUUGACCGAUGCGGGAUACUGGGCCUGGACGAGGGACCGGCAUCGGUACGAGACAGGCUUUACGAAAACGGCAAACGAUCUCCGGAUGAGAUCGAUAGGUGGAGGCAUCUUGAGGAGAAGCUCAAGGUGUACGAGCGGAGAAUGGCAGAGAUGAGCAGUGCCAGGCACCAAUGGAGGAAGUACAUCAACGAGGUGGAGAAGCAAGUGUCCUCAUGUCCGCGCUGGCUGUGGAGCGUUACGUCCGAAUGGAAGGAUGAGAUAGAGCGAUGGCUUGCCGAGGAGGCAGAUGGUGUUGCAGUGGGUUUGGAGCAAUUUACCGAGCGCUUUGAAGAGUUCCAAACGGGGUGCCGAUGUGCCUUCGGCGAGUUGUGGGCAAGAUCUAUGUCGGGAAGGAAGUUCGCAGUGGUCGAUUGCUGGGACUCCAACGACGUUGAUCAGUGCUUGCAGAAUUUUCUUGCGAAGGAGAGGGCAGAUCUCUGUGACAUCGUCGUCUGUCUUUCAUGGAAGGAUCUUCGCAAGACAGCGGACCGGAUCAUGCAAAGAUUCGAGGGUAUAGAUCUCGCUGCAGGCGGCCUGUCGUCCAAGGCCACUCCAGACAUGGUUAGGGAGAGCGGGAUUUCUUACGUGGUACUGUCGGCUGGUCCCGUAGGGCCGUCUGGCGAUCGCGGUCUUCUCUGCUCGGCGUGGAACAAGAUUGUCGGUGAGCAGGUUGCAGUAGCCGUGCAAGCCGGUCUUCGGGUCGUACUCUGCCUUGGACGCGAUAGCUUUGGAGCUGAGCACAACUGCAAUCCGAAUAACGAACUGGCGUUGGAGAAGCGGCAUUGCGAAGCGCAGCUCAGGGCCAUUGUCCGAAAAGACGCUGCUAUCCUGCCGCAGAACGGAGUACUUGCGCUGAAUGACGUAGUCGAUGUGGCUCGGCACAUAAGACAGGUGAUCCGGGAUAUGGUGAGCGAUGAAGCGGCCAGCACAACCUCCAUCCUUGUCGGUGGAUGCGUGACGCUGAACAUGUGGGGCACCAUUGUGAAGGAGGAGGAGAUUGGGGGCUUGCUUCUCGAACGCGGGUUCCAGGACCCUCUGCUCUUCGACAAACUCCGUCCUCCCAGUCUAGAGAGGACGGGGAAAGUCUUAGUUUGCCGAGACGAAAGUGGAAAUGCCAGUCUGGACAAGCGAAACAUAGAGCGACUUUGUAAAGUCAGCGAGGACUGGAUGGCUGGAGAGGAGGUGGUCUGGAUUACUGUAAAGAACGUCAUAACCGAAAAUAGAGGAGUUUAUCGCAAGGAAGAGACUGGAACAGCUGCGAUGCUCUGGAGGGAGGGUCAUCUAAUGCGAGAGGACGAAUGCCGAAAGGGGGUAAUCAACCGGGGUACUAAGCUGAAGAUCAUCUCCAUUUUCGAGAACAACCAUGGAGAGCAGCGAGGUAAGGCAAUAGAGGGGCAACUUUCAAGCUGGGAGGAGACGCUGAAGAGAGCUGGUGUUGAAGGGGAGGGGAUUGUGGUCGAGUACUGGCCUUCCACAAGUGAAGGCAUAGGUCCUCAUUAUCUUCCUGCGGCCAUCGAGACCGCUCACUCUCGCAUCCGAAGGUGGAUUUUGACGAAUAUCGGCCCCGACGUGGCGCAAGGGGCGCAAAUUGUUUGUUAUCUUGACGAGCUAACGGAAGAAAAGCAAACACACAGAGAAAUCACGAAGCAACCGAACGUAGAUGGCCUAAGCCUGCGACUCGAAGUGGCGGCCGCGGCAUCAGCCCUUGAUGCACUGGGCCCGCCACCUUCAUCAACGAAGGAGCCCGUGAUUGUCCUCGUCACCGGAGCAACGAGCGCAGUUGGACGUGCUCUUCUUCCUUUGAUAGCAAUGGGCCGUUUACUUGGACCCGACCAACCAAUCAUUCUGCGGAUGCAGGAGGACGAGUCGAGCAUGGACUUGUUGAAAAGAGUGCGGAAGGAGGUGUUGAGUGCUGCCCCCACUUUACUUCGAGGAAUCACGGCAACCGUUGACGUCGAUCAGGCGGCAAUAGGCGUGAAGGUGGCUUGCAUACUUGGUGACGGGUCCCCAUCGCAGAGGGAGAAAAGCACGGAGGAGGUCAUCAGAGCCAACGUGGCCAUUUUCCAGAAAUUGGCUAAGGCCUUGGAGAGAAAGGCCGAUAAGGACGUGAAGGUUGUGGUCGCUGCCCAUCCGGCAAACACAAGUGCGUUCAUCAUGAAGGAGUGCGCGCCUGGGAUUAAGAAAGAGAACAUUACUUCCCUGACGAGGGUCGACCAUAACCGGGCACUGGCACAGAUCGCUCAGCACGUUGAUGUGCCUGUCAUGGAUGUGAAAAACGUCAUCGUUUGGGGAGGCCAGUCCGUGUGGAAGUACACAGAUGUGAACCAUGGCUCAUUAAAGACAGCGGAGGGGGUUGAAAAGAGCAUGAGGGAGAUGGUUGGUGACGAUAACUGGCUUGCUGAACAGUUCAUGGACAGCAUCUGGAACCAGGACGUGGAGAUCGACACUGCUAUGUCUGUUGCUAGCGCUGUCUGCGAUCAUGUGUCCAACUGGCAAAUGGGAACGCCAGCUGACACGUGGGUGUCGAUGGGAGUGCCUUCGGACGGUUCAUACGGUGUCCCUCUAGAUCUUGUCUAUUCCUUUCCCGUGUGCAUACAAAACAGUCGCUGGCACAUCGUAUCUGGUCUUCAGAUCGACGGGCUCUCAAAAGAGAAGAUGAAUGCCGGGGUUAGCGGACUAGUCCUCGAAGCAGACUUAGCGCGCUCUAUCAUUACCGGAACUGCUUUCAAACCUCAGGAAGAGGAAGGUUCACCUGGACCUCUGUGCGUCUGGGACAAUUCCGCUUAUUCCAACGUGGGAACUCGCGGAACAGAUCCUAUAGUCAUGGAGGCAGGAGAGGGAACAGAAAAUGGAAGGGGAGGAGAAAGAGAAAAUAGUCCCGGGGUAGGUGGGGAGGGAUCUCGUCCAUCAGCUAUUUCACCUGUCCACGCGAGCAGUCCGACCCAUGCGCGUUACAAUGUUAACGUUCCUCCAGCUGAUGCACACGAUUAUCCUUCCUUGUCAGAUUUGCCAGCUCCAGCACUUCAGCGUUUAGUUGCUCAACUUGUAGAAGUUGUGCACAAAAAAGACAGAGAUAAACAAGUGGAGAUAGAGCAGAGACAGAGAGAUAGGGAGUAUGAGUUGCAGCGAAAAGAGGUGGAAAUGCAUCGGAGAGAGGAUGAGGUUCAACGCCUUCUUCAUGUAUGCGUGUCAUCAGCACUCCCUCAUGGCCAGACUUCAACCUCUGCAGCAUUUGAAGCACACCCCCCUACUUCAGUGCCUGACCAUUGUGUUCUAGCCUCUUGGGAGACAACACGGGGGUCACUUCCAUCCACACGUCCAAGGAAACGUGAUGCAGCAGUUGCAUUUGCCGAGCUUGGUAGUGGUGAUGGCCUUCUUGUUGAUGGUUUUGCUGGCUGCAUCAACCUACGGAGUCAUCUUGCUCCUCUGAUUAGAGAUGGAGACCAUUUUACAACUAUGGAUGCCAUGCGUACUGCGCUCAGGCAAUGUGCAGUGGCGGAGUCCUUCGAGUUCUACACCAAGACAUCAAAUAAGAAGGAGUUCUACGGUACGUGCUCACAUAGUUUGUGCUCGUGGACCAUCAGAGCUCGCACCAUGAUGAAAGAAAAUCCUUUAACAGUGAAGAUCAGUGCACCUUACUCAGAGGCAUGUCGUGCCAUGAAGAAGACGGUGAAUUGGCAUGCUGAUCAGAAAUGGGCGGCGUCUAUCCUCGUGGACCAUUUGCGAGGGGGUUGUGAACUCACUCCAAAACAGUGUCAAGAUUUGAUCAGCAUAAUCCACAAGGUGGUUCUUCAUAUAGAUGCAGUACGCAGGGCACGUUUCGCUGCCCUCUCUAUGCUUUUGGGAGAUCCCUCAGAGGGGUACACAUUACUACCAGCUUGGUGCCGACUGUUUGAGCGAAGCAAUCUGGGUUCAGUUGCGAGCUUCGAGUGCGAUGAGCAGGGGAGAUUUGUCCACAUUUUUUUGCUUUUGGAGCAUGCCUGCAGGGGUUUGUUCACUGCCGUUCUUUUCUGGCGAUUGACGGUACUCACACGAAAGGCUCUCUUCGGGGCCGUUUUAGUUGCAACAACAGGGAUUGAUGGCAUUAGGCGUCUUUUUCCUGUUGCAUUUGCCAUCAUUCCUGCAGAGCAGGGGCUACACUCGGUUUGGUUUAUGUCUCGGCUGAGAUCAGUAUUGGAGAACGUAGGAGCGGAUCUUACAGAUCUCACUAUCAUGACUGACAGGGGGCGCAGUCUUAUCGAGAGUGUGCGGGAUGUGUUUCCGGAUGCACAUUAUGGUCACUGCAUGCGACACAUUUUUGCCAACGUGUCGAAGGAGUGUCAUCCUAUAAGGCGUUUUGGGAAUCUCCUUAUAUAUGCUGCGUGUGCGAGCAGCACACCAGUUUAUGAGCAUUGGCUUUCGGUCCUCCGUCAACAUGCAGGUAAUGAGGCUGUUGAUUUCAUGCUCAAGAAUGCCCCUCCUGAGAUAUGGGCGACUGCUUUGUUCAAAGGAUGUCGUUACGGACAUGUGACGACGAAUGUCGUUGAGUCACUGAACAACGUUUUGGGACCCGCAUGCAAGCAGACACUCAUUCAGCUUGUAGACACUAUUCGUCGUUUGUUGCAGAGAUUGUUUUAUAACUGUAGUAUGGAUAUCAAGGCACAACCACAGGGAGCGAAAGUGCAUAGGGCUACAAGUACACUUCUUCACAUUACUCAGGAGAGAGGUUCAACAUUACAUAUCCGACCUAUAGCAUAUGAGGUGUUCGAGGUGGAGGAUAUUGACAUCAUUUCGCAACGGCAAUACAGCACGACAGUGGAUAUGGGGAAAAAAAAUUGCUCUUGUAGUCUUUGGAAAGAGCUUGGGAGGCCUUGUCGUCAUGCAGCUCGUGCACUGCAGGAGAUCAAGCGCUCACAUGAGGAUUAUUGUGAUCCACAAUUACUUUUGAGCGCACUAAGAGAUUCGUAUGCGGGAAUAGUGUGCCCUGUGGUCGGUGAGGGUGAGCUGGUGAGGAAGGCAGAUGACCCAAUUGUUUUGCCACCUGAGACGAGACGACAACGAGGACGGCCCCCUGUGCAGCGCAUGAGAUCUUCAACAGAACCCAUGCAAGCAUCAUCACGAAAGAGAGGGCCCGCAAAGUGCAGCAACUGCCAACAAGUAGGUCAUAAUUCGAGGACAUGCAAAUUUUCCUAUGUUGAUCCUAAAACUAUUGAGAAGGAGAGGGCGAAUGGCAGUGUUAGGCAGACUGAGGGGUUGUGUAGUGUCGACGGUCAGCAUAGUGGACAUCAUCCUCUCCCCAGGGACAAGGGAGGACGCAGUGGCAUGGGUCGAGGUGGGCUAAGGGAGAAGCGUCCCCGACCAGCAUCAGAUGGAGCUAGAGGUUCAUGUCAUGGGGGUGGCGGUCGGGGACGAGGCAGAGGAGCUUUCACUGUCAUUCCCGCAAGUGUGUUGGAUAUAGACACAUUAGACGAGGUGCUUCCAACUGAGCCAGCCAAUGAUGGUAGUAUUGAUAUUGUAUUACACCGAUUGUCCACUCACGAUGACGAUCAUGCAGUCGAUGCAUUGGUAAACGAUGACGGCGAUGGGGUGGAUGGUGGUGGAGAUGAGGCUGACGCGGACGAUAAUGAUGCAGACGAUGAUGAUGCAGACGAUGAUAAUAGUGAUGAUGGGUGGCGUGACUCUUUCCUUGAUCCAGGGGAUGGUGAGGAUAUCUUUGAGGAGGGUGCAUGGACUAUCUGCAGUACUUCAUGUGGAGGAUGAUGCACAGUUGGGGAAUUCAACAAAUGCUGAAACAAUUA